AUGGAGGUGAUAUGGGACUCCGAAAGGUUUGAUGUAGACCUCCCGGUUAGCAGCUUCACCCUUGGCAGUUUCAAACGUUACCUGACAUCGCGAACGGGAGUCCCAGCGGAGCAUAUGAAACUUUUCUGCAAUGCGGGUCUUAUGAAAGAUGAUAGCGCACCCCUGAGUGCAUUUCAAUCGCAGGUUGAUAGUCAGUUGGAUCCUGGCGCCCAAUCGAGCAGUCCUCUCAGUCGAAGCAGGCUAUGGAAUGGAAUAUUUUCUGGUACGAAGAAGCGACAAGUGCCCUCGAUGCGGAUCAGAAUGGUUGGAACAAAAGAAACUCGGAGCAUCGUAUCCGACCGUCCGGACCUUAAACCCACAGCGCCAUCUAGUCAGAAUCUCAAACCACAAGCUGGAUCUAAUCUGGAAAUAAUGAAUGAAUCUCGAAUAAUCUCCCUAAUAAACGAGUUGACUCAGAAAACACUAAGUGAUAAUCUACCACGAGUCGAGCGAUACGAAGGCAUGUUUCCAAUGGAUAGUGAUGAAGUUUCAGGCGAUGGACCCGAUCCUCAAACCACAAAACGAGUUCAAGAUUCGACAGAGUUUGCUGGCGUCUCGGAAGUGCUCUUGCAAGCAUUGCUUAAGCUUGAUGGCUUUGAAAUUGAAAGUGAAUGGGCGGAAGCCAGGAUGGCUCGCAAAGAGGGCGUGCGGGCUGUUCAAAAGCUCCUGGACCGACUGGAUCGGAUGAAAGGUGCAACUGGUCCCCCAACGUAG